AUGGCUAACGGGUGGAGCAUCUUCAUCGGCCUGUUCAUCAUCGCCGCCAUGUGCGUGGGCGCCUGGUUCCUGUCUCCCAAGGGCGAAAACCAAGUGCUCUGGCGAUCAUCCCUCAUCCUCGCAUUCGUCUGCUGCUACCUGAUGUGGGCACUCACGUUCCUGGCCCAACUACACCCCUUGAUCGAGCCGAAGCGAUCCGACCUGAGAGAGAAGUUUGUGCACGAGUAA